CUGAAAAAAAGAAACCCAGAAAAACAAACAAAAAACCUUUACAAUGGGUCCAAUAAAGAUUGCCAUGGGGGACAUGGUGAUUACUUUCAUGUGGGUUUUUUUUUCAUCAACGUUUGGUUUAUUAUCUUCUUUGAUAGCCACCGCCAUUGGUGUCCAAACUGUAGCUUGGGCUCCUAUUGUUAUCAUCACCGUCAUCGUUUUCGUUUUCGUUUUGAUCUUUAAUGUUAUUGGUGAACUUCUUGGUGGGGCUAGCUUUAACCCUACUGGUACAGCUUCCUUCUAUGCGGCUGGGGUCGGUGACGAUAGCCUUAUCUCCAUGGCCCUUCGGUUCCCAGCUCAGGCCGCUGGUGCGGUGGGCGGUGCCCUUGCGAUCAUGGAGGUGAUGCCGGAAAAGUACAAGCACAUGAUAGAGGGACCAUCUUUGAAAGUAGAUACACACACUGGAGCCAUUGCUGAGGGGGUCUUGACUUUUUUAAUUACCUUGGCUGUUCUUUUAAUCAUUCUUAGAGGUCCACAGAAUGAAAUUUUCAAGACAUGGUUGCUUGCUGUUGCGACUGUAGCAUUAGUUAUGUCCGGUACUGCUUACACCGGACCUUCCAUGAAUCCAGCCAAUGCCUUUGGUUGGGCAUAUGUAAACAACUGGCACAACACAUGGGAUCAGUUUUAUGUGUAUUGGAUCUGUCCAUUCAUUGGAGCUAUAUUGGCUGCGUGGGUCUUCCGACUGUUGUUCCCCCCACCACCAGUAAAGGUGAAGAAAGCCUAAGGUGGCUUAAUAAGAGG